AUGCCACGCAAUGACGAGGACGACAACGACUAUCAACCAACAACCCUCCUCCUCCUCGCCAUAAGCAACGCCGCUGCCAACCGCCGCCGGCACCGACACCAAGCCCCCUCGCUCUCCUCCCUUCCGGGAAGCCAAUUCCCACUGGUACUAUCCCAAGCAUGUCAUCCCAAAGAAGAAGAAGAAAAAGAAGAAGAGGGUGGAGAAGACGGAGGAGAAGAAGAAACAGAUGUUUCAACAAGGACCAGAAUCGCACAACUUCACAAAAGGAGGCUGAGGGACUGGCACAUGGGGCGGUACAUGAGGAACCAGCUCUCAAGGGCACAAGUAGACGACGCGGUCCUCGGCCUCGCAGACCUCUUUCUCCUGCACGAACCAGAACCACAAUUCCUCUCUUCUUCUUCAUCAUCAUCUUCUUCCUCCUCCUCCUCCUCCUCCUCCUCCUCCGUCAAACUCCCUCCAUCCAACGCCGCCGCCGCCGACGACGACGACGACGACUCCUUUUCCAUACUGAGCAGAAAAGUAAACUCGCUAUGGAACGCCAACCAAGCCCGCAUACGCAUGGCCCUCCCCCGCUACGUGGAGGGCUAUCCCGUCCGGGACCGGAUCCAGCCGCCGCGCUUCCAAGCCCGGACGACGCAGAAGCCUUCCGGCUGGGGGGACUGCCUGCAGUGCCUCGCAAAGGGCCUGCCGUGCUCGAUGAGCAUGGAGACGACGAGGGGGGAGGGGCGGGACGUUGCGCGGAGGGGGUGUAGGAGGUGUGUUAGGGAUGGGGAGCGGUGUAUCGUCGAGCAUGAGGUGGAGGAGGAUGUUGAUGACGAUGAUGAUGAUGACGAUGAUGGAGAGAAGGGUGAGGGAGGGGUGAAGAAGGAGGAGGAGGAGGAGAGUGGUUUGUGGGACUGGUGGGAUGGAGUGCCGGACCGGGGUCAGGAUGUGGAUUCGGCGGCGGAGGCAGUCGAGAUGUGGGAAAGACGGCGAAAGGGGGUCAAGCUCGAGUUGAUAGGGAGUCGUAUGCUGUGGGUUGAAUCAAGGGGCUUUGCGCCGCGAGGGAUGAUGAAGUCGAGUGACUGA